UAUUUUCUUCUUGUUAUCCCAUCAUUAAUUCAGAGAAUUGUUUUGUGAAGCUUGCACCAAUUUUUCUUAUAUAAACAACCCAGUAAUAGCAAAGCUAAUUGAACUUCAAAGUCAUCAUUAAUCCAUUCUCAGUAAUGGAUAACAGAGGAGCUCAACCCCCAAUUGAGCUCAUGGUGGAAGCUACUUCGAAUAGCACAAGCCAAGAAUAUCAUAGCCACGAAAGCAUCGUCUCCAAGCCACCAUUGGAAUCCUUCUUAACCAGGCUCCAUGCUGGUUACUUCAGAAUAAGCCUCUCUCUGGGUAGCCAAGCUUUGCUAUGGAAGUCUCUGAGCGAGGCGAAGAGCGACUUGCAACCUCUUCGGCAUGUGUCCCAGAUGCUCCCUCUGCUGGCUUUCCUCCUACUUUGGUAUCUCUCGUUUUUCACUCUGAUAUCACUCUCUUUUCUCUACAUCCUCAGAUGCUUCUUUCACUUUCAGAUGGUGAAGGCAGAGUUCUUACAUCAUGUAGGAGUGAACUACCUGUUUGCUCCUUGGAUUUCUUGGCUUCUCCUGCUUCAGUCAGCUCCUUUGGUUGUUCCCAAUACUCUUUCCUAUCUAGUUCUCUGGUGGGUGUUUGCCAUUCCAGUUCUGGCGCUCGAUAUAAAAAUAUAUGGACAAUGGUUCACCACAGAAAAGCGGUUUUUCUCCAUGGUGGCGAACCCUACAAGCCAGAUAUCAGUGAUUGGGAACUUGGUUGGAGCGCAGGCUGCUGCGCUGAUGGGGUGGAAAGAGAGUGCAGUUUGCAUGUUUACACUAGGCAUGGUCCACUAUCUGGUGGUUUUUGUCACUCUUUAUCAGCGUCUGUCGGGUGGUGAUCGGCUUCCAGUGAUGCUCCGGCCUGUUUUCUUCCUGUUCUUUGCUGCGCCAAGCAUGGCAAGCUUGGCUUGGAAGUCGAUAUCUGGGACUUUUGACACCACUUCAAAGAUGCUUUUCUUCCUCUCGCUCUUCCUCUUCACAUCGCUGGCAUGCAGGCCAGCUCUUUUCAAGAAAUCUAUGAGGAAGUUCAAUGUGGCAUGGUGGGCUUACUCUUUUCCCCUCACCUUCCUUGCUCUAGCCUCUGCGGAAUAUGCACAGAAGGUGGAAGGUGAAAUAGCUCCUGUUCUGAUGCUCAUGCUCAUAGCCUUCUCUGUCUUGGUUUGCCUCAGCUUGAUGCUCUUCACUGCACUCAACACUAAAGCCCUUCUCCUUGGAAAUGAUCCCAUUCUGAAAUUUUGCAAAUCUCAAAACAAGGAGGGCUUGACCAUGGUGUAUAGGAAUGGAGGGUAACUACUCCCAAACCCUGUUUAAUUUUCAACUGCAACUCUACCCAUGUCACUCUGUAGUUUGGUUUCUUAAUCUGACAAUAUACCUGUACUGAACAUAAUCUACAAGAUAAAGUUUUGGCACAUUUCAUGUAAUUUUUAAGUAAUAAAUUAGUAGAAUAUUUAUA